AUGUCGUUGAUUCAUGAUGGCAGUGAUACUAUCGGGAAAUAUAUUAUCUACGAUGGAAGACUUAUCAAAGCAAAAUCUGCUAAGAUUGUUCCUAGUGAAACGAAAGAUGAUUUUUUCAAAUCGCUUAUGUCAUUGUGUGCUGCUCAAAAUGCAAAGCACAUUCGCAAAUAUCACGAAAAGGAAGAUAGAAUUGUUCAAACGAAAAAUGAUAUAAGUGAAUCAAAAAUGAAACGUGUCAAAAAUAUUGAGGAUAUUCAUGUUGACACUUCAAGCAUGCCUGCAGCAUUAGGAGAAGUUCUUAGGAAUCUUUCAAGAGAUCCAAUGUCGUCAAACUUAGCUAAUUGUCUGACGGGAAAAGGAGCAGAAAGCGUAGGCAAUGCGGUUAGACAAGUUCUACGAAAUAUUGUUAAAGAAGCAAAAAAACUCGCAAAUCACGGAAAUCGUAAACGACUAAUGACCGAAGACAUUGAUUUAGCUGUAACAGUGCUUCGGUUGAAUCCGGAUUUACUAUUUCCUGUUGCAAAAUCAUCAGCAAAUACUGAAAGAACAUAUUGGGGAAGAAGAAUAAUGAGAAGGCCACCGCAUACGAUUUCGGCUCAGUCAGCUGAAAUUGUUUCAAAUGAAAAAUUCUACGAUGUGCCCAUCAUUCGAGAACAUUGGUUAUGUAUCGAAGGAGUUCAACCGAGUGUUCCUGAGAACGCAAUAUCAAGUGAAGUGAAGAAAAAAAUCAAAGAUGAAAUGGAAAACAUGCAACGGAAUUAUGGUUACGGCGCAUUGGGAGUAAGAAAAGAGAAAAACUUAGAAAAGCGCCUUUCGAAGCAACAAUUUUCACUGGAACAUCAAGUGUUAUUUAAUGAUAUUGUGAACAUGAUAGCUUCUGGAACACCGAUUGAACGACAGAAAGCGUUGCAGACAGUAGAAACAGACAGCGGUUUACAAUUUCUCGCUGGUCGAUUUGUUAUUUUAAUCGCUGAAGGUGUCCGUGUUAAUAUUGGAUCUCGAAAUGUACGCGGUGUUUCAAAUCUCCUCAAAUUAACAUGGAGUUUAAUGAAGAAUCCCCGAAUAUGUUUGGAACGUUACCUACAUGUUCUUGUACCUGCUUUGCUAUCAUGUGUAGUUGCAAAAUCUAUAAUUCCGCUCGUUGAUGUUGGAAGGGCUGGUCCGUCAUCAUCGAAAUCUCGAACAUCUGUUAUUGGAAUCGGUCCAACCGAUAUAGUUAUCAGCAAAGAAGAAGAAUUGAAAUUACAACAAGAUUUAGAACUCGAAUUUCGAAUUCGAGAAACCAGCGGACGAUUGUUAGCACAGAUUUGCGAAAAAUAUCCGACGCAGCAUGUGAAUGCUCGAUUAGUGCAAAUAUUGCGAAAAGUUCUGACCGGAUGUGUGGAUCUCGCUUCGAUAUAUGGCGCAUUGUGCACAUAUUUCGCAUUAGGAUAUUUGACAAUUUAUUCGGUUUUAAUUCCAAGACUUCAUGAAAUUUUUUGUGCCAUUCAUUCAUUUACCGUCGAUGAUGUUCAAGCGGUCAAAACAGCUCCUACAAAAUUAAAGAAAAUCGCCGUUGAAUUUGAAUCAAAACGGCUGGAAUGGUGCAAAAAUCGAAUUGUCGAACUAGUUAUGAAAAUUCUCUACGAGUUCGAAACGAGCAGUGUGAGUGAACGAAAAGUUAUCAGUGAGCAGAGUUUCGUCGAUUCUUAUGCAGAAUUUGGCACAAUGUUUUUUAGGUAUCUAAUUGAAACGGGAAAAAUCGAUGAGAUAGGACGAAUAUCGGCGAAUCGAGAAUCGAUUUUGAAGCUUCCUCAGCGCAAAUCGACCUAUCAAACAGAUGCAAGAAUCCCCGUCCCUUACAAAUCUUCAAAUUAUACGGAACCUCAACGCAAAUCACAAAUCGACGAGGAUAUGCUUGAUGAUCUACUUGAUGAUUCGAAUCGGCCUUGGGUCGAAGUGUCGAAACGUGUUGAUUUGAAUAAUGAGGAGGAGAAAUCAGAAUGCUCGAGCAAUUUCUUCGGACGAGCCCGACUUGUGAUUGUACGGAAAAAUGCCGAACGAAAAAUUGCCUAUUUUCGACCGCUUGAGCCGAUUUCGAUGCCGACAGCGCCAACGAUACGACGAGGGCUUGGGAAAAUCGUUGAAAAUCGAGCGGCCCCGAUUCCUGGAAAUAUCGCUGCCGCGGGUGUAAGAACAAGCCGAUCAGCUAUUUCUGUUGAUGAUCAGGCUCUCUCAUUGAUCUCAAAGGAUCCUAGUGAAUUACUUCGAAAAUACCUCAAUCGCAAUUCGGAUCAAGCUGCCGCGGCAGUUUAUGGACGAAAAGUGGACAAUUCGGAAAUUGGUCAAAAGACGUUGGACCGGCUCAUAUCAGAAGCGGCGUAUAAGUUAAACACGGUCAGUUUGCCCAAUGCAGUUUGCGGCCAAACAUUUCCUCCUUCGUUUAAAUCAGAAGUUAAUCGCGGCAAAUUCCUAACACCUACAAUUCAACGCACGAAUCAGCUGUGA